GCGGAAUUGUUACAAUAACACCACAAGUUUUUCUGUCAGGACAUUAUAGUGACAUUAUUCAAAGGGUCAUGGAUGUCUGCAAUAAGCAACUUAUGGAAAAAAAUUGGAAAUGGACUAUAAAAUUAUAUUCGGAAAUAAGCACAAUGCUUGAUGCAAUAUGUAACGAACAGAAGUUCAAGAAUUUUGAAUAUACGCAAAAUGCAUAUUAUUCAUUUACAAGCCAAAGAUUCAAGAACCAUCUUGAAUGCAAACAUUUUGAAUUAUUUAACGAUGAGGAAGUUAAAUGUAUUGAGAAACUUCAAAAGCAAGAUCCGACAAUGGUUAAAAUCUUAUAUUAUAUAAUGACUAGAAUACAUAAUUUAAAUCUAACGGAAUUUAGGCAUGUCAUCUUGAUUCAAGACGACAGUGAAAUAGAGUUAGGAGUUGUUGAUGUUCCUGGAGUUGAAAGAAUGUUAUUAACAGAUUUCGAAUCAACAUUUGG